AUGUCAUGGAUCCAAGACCAAAUUGUUGUCGUUUCUUUUAAAGGAAACGGAACUAUUGAUUUUCCAGAAUUUUUAAGCUUAAUGUCACGAAGAAUGAAAGAUUCGGAUGAUGAGGAAGAAAUUCGCGAAGCAUUCCGUGUAUUUGAUCGAGAUGGGGAUGGAUUUAUAUCAGCUGACGAAUUACGACAUGUAAUGACAAAUUUGGGAGAAAAAUUAACUGACGAAGAAAUUGAUGAAAUGAUUAGAGAAGCAAAUAUAGAUGGAGGUAGAUGGGCGGAUAAACUAUAA